GGACGUAAACUGGGCCUUCAAACGGCCCAAUCCAAAACUUGGAGGCCGAAUCUCACUGUUGAAAUGGAAGGGAUAAUUUAAUUCUGUGGCGGAUAAGAAUAUUACGCAUACGUCAUGGCACACCCAACGAGAAGAUGAGACGAUUUUCAAUGUUUGUAAUGAUUUCUGAUGCAUCAACUCAUGCGAUUUGUAAAUAGCAAAUCAUUAUCGUAGCACACCUGCUUGCUGCGGUUUCAGAAUUUAAUUUCCAUCGGUGGCUGCUACAGCUCGCGUUCUUCUGAUUUCUCCUCGACCGGCAUAUGGGUUCGUUAGCAACUGCCGAGGCUUGUGACACGAAUGCAGCACUCCUAGCAAUUGGUGAUAUCCGAGUCCUUCCACCUGUUUUCAAGAUCUAUGGGCAAGGCCGUGCAUUCUCUGGUCCAAUUGUAACUCUGAAGGUGUUCGAAGACAAUGUAUUGGUGAGGGAGCUUCUUGAAACGAAAGGGGAAGGCAGAGUUCUAGUGAUAGAUGGGGGAGGAAGCAUGAGAUGUGCGUUAGUAGGAGGAAAUCUGGGGCAGUUGGCUCAAAAUAUGGGUUGGACUGGGAUUGUUGUAAAUGGCUGUAUACGAGACGUAGAUGAGAUCAACGGCUGUGAUGUUGGGGUAAGGGCAUUGGCAUCACAUCCCCAGAAAUCAUACAAAAAGGGCAUCGGCGAGAAGCAUGUGCCGAUUAAUAUUGCAGGAACCAUAAUUCACGACGGGGAGUGGUUGUAUGCAGAUAGUGAUGGCAUCCUCAUUUCCAAAGGGGAACUCUCUAUCUAGUUUUCUUCUACUUACCAAGUAUUUUCAAUUUGUUGUCCAGAAAAUUCAAUGUCAGUGAACUCAGAUUAUGAACCCUUUUUCUGUAAUAAAAAUAUAAUUCAAUGUCAA